AGCCGCGCAACUCGGUGAGAAUGCACACGUUGUUUCAGUAUCUGGAAAACAAACAAACAAACAAACAAACAAACAAACAACAUCUUCUCUCGCGUCUGUUUCUUUCAGUCGCCUGCAGUCCUGUACCGGGCGCGUCUCAGCAGGAUGACAUCAUCGAGCUGGUGAAAUACCUGGAUUCCAACCCGGAAACUCUAGAAGAACUGUUGGCAAAGGAUCACGCGGUGUUGGAGGGAGACCUGGUGCUGUCGAGCGACCGCAACGCCGUGAGCCGCGUUUGGCCGACGUCGGUGAUCCCGUACGUCAUCGGUCCGGAUUUAGCCGCUAAGAGGCAAGAGAUCGUGUCCGCCAUGGCGAUGGUGUCCGAACACACCUGCAUGUCGUUCCCCGAGAGGACCUACGAGGCCGACUACCUGCACUUCAUGCACAGCAAAGGCUGUGCGUCGUUCGUGGGCUACCACGGCGGCAAGCAAUCCAUGUUCAUCGGCCCCAAGUGCAUCGUGGGUAACAUCGUCCACGAGAUUCUCCACGCUCUGGGCUUCUACCACGAGCACACGAGGAUGGACCGCGAGCAGUACAUCAAAAUUCUGCCCAACAACAUCAUGGCGGGGAUGGAGAGAAACUUCAAGAUUCAAGACGGCGUGACCUUUGACCUCCGCUACGACGUGAAGUCGAUCCUGCACUACGGAAGCGACUUCUUUUCAGCUAACGGCCGUCCCACCAUCGUGGCCAACACGGCCACAGCGGAGAUGGGCCAGAGGGUCAAGAUGACCGAGACGGACAUCAAGCGAGUCGGCAUCCUCUACCACUGCGAUUCCCCUAAAAGCUGGAUGAGGGACAUCCCCGUGAACAACACGGCGGAGGAAGAGCAAACUCCUGCUCCCUCUUCAUGGGUGACGCUGCAGCAGCUGAACAACGCCACUAGAGGGCAGAAUGGCACCAGCAGUGGGAUGGACCAGUCUAAUUAUUAAUAAAACCG